ACUUUUUUGUUUGGAAACAUGUUUUAAUCAAUACAUUUUCAAGAAUUCGUUUGGGAUUAGAAGGAACACAUAGUGAGAUGAACAUUGGUGGUUUUUUAACCUCUGCUGGGAUUAAUAUAGCAAUAUGCGUGGUGCUUUUUUCCUUGUAUUCUAUACUGAGAAAGCAACCAAGCAACAUGAUUGUGUACUUUGGGAGGAGGAUCGCUUCAGGACGGGUUAGACGGAAAGAUCCUUUGUGCUUAGAUAGAUUUGUGCCUAGCCCUAGCUGGAUUUUGAAGGCCUGGGAAACUACUGAUGAAGAACUAUUAGAAAUUGCUGGUGUAGAUGCUGUAGUUUUCAUGAGGAUAAUCGUUUUCAGGUCGCUAACUCCUCCUUGGACAAUGAAAUCCUCUGAGUAUAAAAGCAUCACAAAAAUGAGGCUAGUAUACAUUACUGGGUCUCUUCCUAAUCCAAGUCAUUUCACAGUUCUUGUCCGUGGUAUCCCAUGGUCUCCAACACAAUCAUACAGUGACACAGUGAAAACAUUCUUUACAAACUAUUAUGCAUCAAGCUAUUUGUCACACCAAAUGGUAUACCAGGCUAGUAAAGUUCGGAAGCUGAUGAAUGAUGCAGAGAAAAUGUACAAGAUGAUUAACACUGUUGCUGUUGAACCAGAAACAAGUUUAAUGCCGUGCUUUUUUUGCGGAGGGACCCUACAAUCCUUUAAGAUGUUUAAAGAAACAGAAAGUGUUAACAGUACCACCAACCUUGCUGCGGUGGAACUGAGUGAAAAAAUUAAAAAUCUUGAAGAGAGUCCAGCUGCUUUUGUUUUCUUCAAGACUCGUUUUGCUGCUGUCAUUGCUGCACAAGAUCUUCAAUCAUCAAACCCCAUGUUAUGGGUGACUAAAUUAGCUCCUGAACCACAUGAUGUUUAUUGGUCUAAUCUCUGGAUACCAUACAGACAACUCUGGCUUCGUAAAAUAGCAGUUCUUCUGGCUUCUAUAGCCUUUGUGGUUGUGUUUAUUGCCCCAAUUUCAUUUGUAAACAUCAUGACCAAACCAAAUAAGCUAUCACAGAUAUUUCCAUUUCUCAGAGAAAUUCUAAAAAAGAAGUUUAUGGAACGGCUAAUAACAGGUUACUUACCAAGUGUGAUUCUGAUCUUGUUUCUUUACACUGUUCCUCCAACAAUGAUGCUAUUUUCAAAACUGGAAGGACCUACCUCACUAAGUGGAAGGAAAAAAAGUACAUGCAUCAAAAUUUUGUACUUCACAAUUUGGAAUGUUUUCUUUGUCAAUUUUCUUUCUGGGCAUUUUAUCGACAAGUUCAAAGUGUUCUGGAGUGUAAGAGAUAUACCGUCACAACUUGGCAAAGCAGUGUCAAAUCAGGCUACAUUCUUCAUGACUUAUGUUUUAUCUUCUGGGUGGGCAAGCUUGGCGUGUGAAGUCAUUCAACUUUUUGCACUUCUCUGCAAUGUUAUAAAAAAAUUCGUACUCAGAAUGAAGGACGAUCCACCAGAUGCCGUUUAUUCCUUUCCACAUCAUACUGAAAUUCCAAGACUGCUUUUGUUUGGGCUCAUUGGCUUUACUUGUUCUGUCAUGGCGCCAUUGAUCUUGCCCUUUUUGUUAGUCUACUAUUUCCUUGCUUAUCUUGUCUACCGAAAUCAGAUUCUCAAUGUAUAUGUGUCAAAAUAUGAAAGUGGGGGGCGAUUCUGGCCUAUUGUUCACAACACAACAAUCUUUUCAUUGGUGGUGACACAAAUUAUUGCUCUUGGAGUUUUCGGAAUAAAACGAUCACGAGUUGCAUCUGGUUUCACCAUUCCAUUGAUUAUUUUGACUUUGCUGUUCAAUGAGUAUUGUAGGCAGCGGUUUACCCCCAUUUUUAAGAGGACUUCUGCACAGAUUCUAAUAGAGAUGGAUCAACAAGACGAGCAGUCCCACCGGUUGGAACAAAUUUAUCAACAGCUCCAAUCUGCUUAUUGCCAGUUUCGGUUCAGAUAUCAUGACAUGUCCCGAGUUGGACAUAGUCAUCGUCAUGGAGAUUGGGAUAGCAUUAAAGAUCCAGAGUCUCUAAAGUCAGGAAAGCAUCUUGUUGAAUUUAAUAAACCAUGGAAUGUUAAUCACAACUUGGAGUGGGAAGCGAGUAGUGGCAAGGAAAUUAAUUAACUGUAUUGUUGAUAAUACAUGUCAUCGCACUAAAAUUUCAGCUUAUGCAUUAGCACCAAAAAUUGUGCCAAUGCUGCUUGCAACCAAGGUUGGGAAAUCCCAACAGAAAUUCACAUAUAGUGGGUUGUAGAGGAGGGAGCGGAUACUAGAAGCGGUUACCAGUGGGACGUUUAGGGGGCCAAAAUUUAAUGCUGCCUGCGAGAUUGUAUUGUAUAUAUUUUUUGUUCUGUAUACUCUCUAGGGGUGAGGAAAAUAUACAAAAACUUUGAUAUGGAUACUACAUAUGUGCAGUUUCGAUUCAGGACUCAGUUUUCUCUGUAAAUUACCUUCAUUUGUGUAACAAGGGGAAAGCCACAUUACAUGCUGUGCUUUAGGAAGUUUUUGGUUAAUGUUCUGUAAAUAAGAAGCAGUUUCUAUU